UCAGGAGGCUCCGCCCGGAGAGGCUCGCGCCGGCGCGCAUGCGCCGCAGCCCUUCCUGCCCUUCCUUUCCCCCCCCUUCCCUCCCCACUUCCCUUUUCUUCGUCAGUCGGGCGCGUCCCCGGCGCUCGUGGAGCCGCUUCCCCUCAGCCCGGCCCGACGCUGCCCGAGCCGGGCCCUCAGGACGGGAAAAGGACCCCGCUUUAAGCCGCCUGAGCUCCCUCAGCCUCCUCGAGGGGCCCGGCGGGGGUGUCGUCGCUGAGGCCGCCUCCUUCCCUUCCCUUCCCCCCCCCACCCCCGUCCCCAUGGCUGCCCCUGUGAAGAAGGGCCCCGGGGGCCUCAUCGGCCUCAUGAAGGACGCCUUCCAGCCCCACCACCACCACCUCGGCCCCCACCAGCCCUGCACCGUGGACAAGAAGAUGGUCGAGAAGUGCUGGAAGCUGAUGGACAAGGUUGUGCGUUUAUGUCAGAACCCCAAGCUGGCACUAAAGAACAGUCCUCCCUACAUUCUAGACCUCCUUCCCGACACCUACCAGCAUCUGCGAACCAUCCUGUCCUGCUACGAGGGAAAGAUGGAGACUCUGGGAGAGAACGAAUACUUCCGGGUGUUUAUGGAAAACCUGAUGAAGAAGACAAAACAAACCAUCAGCCUCUUUAAGGAAGGAAAAGAAAGAAUGUAUGAAGAGAAUUCCCAGCCUAGGCGCAACCUGACCAAAUUAUCCCUGAUCUUCAGCCACAUGCUGGCAGAACUGAAAGGCAUAUUUCCAAAUGGACUCUUCCAAGGGGACACUUUCCGAAUCACGAAGGCAGAUGCAGCCGAGUUUUGGAGAAAAGCCUUUGAGGAGAAGACCAUUGUCCCAUGGAAAACCUUCCGCCAAGCCCUACAUGAAGUCCACCCCAUCAGUUCCGGCCUGGAAGCCAUGGCAUUGAAAUCAACCAUUGACCUGACAUGCAACGAUUACAUUUCAGUGUUUGAAUUCGAUAUUUUUACCCGUCUGUUUCAGCCCUGGUCAUCUUUGCUCCGAAACUGGAAUAGCCUUGCGGUCACUCAUCCUGGCUACAUGGCAUUCCUGACCUAUGAUGAGGUCAAGGCCCGGCUCCAGAAGUUCAUUCACAAACCUGGAAGUUAUAUUUUUCGUCUGAGUUGUACGCGACUUGGUCAGUGGGCCAUUGGCUAUGUCACUGCAGAUGGAAACAUCCUCCAGACAAUUCCCCACAACAAACCUCUUUUUCAAGCACUGAUUGAUGGCUUCAGGGAAGGCUUUUACUUGUAUCCCGAUGGAAGAAACCAGAAUCCUGAUCUGACCGGCCUGUGUGAGCCCACGCCCCAGGACCACAUUAAAGUCACUCAGGAGCAAUACGAACUCUACUGUGAGAUGGGCUCCACUUUCCAGCUCUGUAAAAUCUGUGCCGAAAACGACAAAGAUGUGAAGAUAGAACCCUGCGGGCACCUCAUGUGCACCUCUUGUCUCACGUCAUGGCAGGAAUCGGAGGGGCAGGGAUGCCCGUUCUGCCGGUGUGAAAUUAAAGGCACGGAGCCCAUCGUGGUGGACCCUUUUGAUCCCCGAGGAGGGGGAGGGCUUCUGAGGCAAGGGGCAGAAGGAGCCCCCUCCCCAAAUUACGACGAUGACGAUGACAGAACGGAUGAAUCACUGUUCCUGAUGAAAGAGCUGGCUGGUGCAAAGGUAGAACGUCCUCCUUCUCCAUUUUCAAUGACUCCGCAGGCAGCCCUUCCCCCAGUACCUCCACGCUUGGACCUUCUGCAGCAGCAGCAGCGUGUGGCUAACCCACCUGGAGCUUCAAGCCCAGGAACCACUUCCAAGGCUGCACCCGGUUCUCUCCACAAAGACAAACCUCUGCCGAUCCCACCAACUCACCGAGAUCUUCCACCACCUCCUCCUCCAGACAGGCCCCACGCCAUUGGGGCAGAGACUCGGCCCCAGAGACGGCCCUUGCCUUGCACUCCGGGAGACGGUCCUUCCAGGGACAAAUUUUCCCCCGUGCCCUGUAACCGUCAGGGGGAGCUAUGGCCCUCGCGACCCAUGUUGAAGGCUCCCUCUGAAGCCUGGGCCAGCCGGGAGCUGAAGAACCGCCAUUCCCUCCCCUUCUCGCUGCCUUCUCAGAUGGACGCCAGGGUGGAGCCUCACAGACUGGGCAGUACUCUGAGCCUGGACACUCCGGUGAAUCAACUCGGGCUUCCUGUUGGCUUAGACGGCGAGCAUUCUAAAAUCAAACCAUCUUCUUCUGCCAAUGCCAUCUAUUCUCUUUCUGUAAGGUCAUUGAUUGCCCCAAAGCUACUCUCCGGAGAGGCCUCUGGGAAUGACGAAGACUCCGAGUACAUGUCCCCUUCCUCCUUGCCCCUGGUGCCACCUGGCUGUGUGGCACAAAAACCCGAUGCCAAGCUGCCUUUGGAAAUGAAUCCCGGUGCACGCGUCGUGGAGGGCGAGCAGGAAAUGGAGGGAACGACUUACGAAGCAAUGUUCAACAUUCAGUCCCAGGCAGCACCGUGUUCCUCUGAAGCUGCCAGCAUGUCUGAUGUAGGUGAGGUGGUAGCUGAAGAAGAGGUUCCCAACGGUCCUGAGGAGUCGGAGAACGAGGAAGACGGUUACGAUGUUCCCCGCUCGUCCGCCCAGCCAGCCACCACGCGUCGCACACUCUCCGAUAUCUCCAAUGCAGCCACUUCCUUCAGCCGUGCCUCUCUGGAUGGCGAACUUCUAACAGAUGCCUCGGACGUCUCCCAGGUUCCCGAGAGGCCCCCGAAACCUUUGCCUCGGAGAAUAAACUCUGAACGGAAACCGGGGAGCUGCCUGCAGGCCAGCGGAGCAGGACCGGUCCCCGUGGCCUCCCCGCAGCUCUCCUCCGAGAUCGAGAACCUCAUGAGCCAAGGUUACGCAUAUCAGGACAUCCAAAAAGCCCUACUCAUCGCCCACAACAACAUUGACAUGGCCAAGAAUAUUCUCCGGGAAUUUGUCUCCGUUUCUUCCCCCACGCACGUGGCCACAUAGCACCUUUCUCUCUCUCUCUCUCUCUCUCGGCCCUACCUGGAGCCCCCGUGCAUUCGUCCACCUGCCCGGGCAGUCUCUUGCCCGCAUCGGCCUGGAGUUGAGUAAAGGCUCCUGGAGGGAUUCCCCUGCAAAGGCAGGCCUGCCUCUUGCCGAGAUUCGGUCGUCAGGGUUUUUGUGCAAGUCCAGGUGUUUUCCGAGUGGCGUGAAAACGGAGCAGAUAGGUGUGUGUCUUCAGACAGUCUUCAUGUACCUCUUUGGGUUCUCCUCUCUUCGCCCGCCCAUCCAACACUUCCCUCCCCCCACCCCCCUUGCACUUUUCUGAUUGGAGAGAACAGACCCGCUAAAACUUUGGAUAUACCGGUCACCCGUUUCGCUUCCUUUGCCGUUAAGAAUACGGGGAAGGGUUUGGUCAACUUGUCUCGUGCUGUGAAUAUCCAACCGGAGGCCAAGAUGCUGAAGUUAUCUCCCACCCACCCAUCCACCCCAUCCUUGGUGGUAUGGGGUACUACACGCGGGGCCUCCUUGCUGCUGUAUGUUUUGGCUCAGGCUUUCCGGACCCUCUGCUGUGGGAUACAGAUUCUUGAUGAAGCCAGACGUUUCGACGCCUUCCUUUCCCCCUCCCACCCUCCUCUCUUCCCUUCCUCCCGUCACGUUCAGCGCUCUCCUUCGGAAGCCGGCCUCUCCCCGAUGCUCUUCGCCACACACUGGAUCCCGCGGCGUGGUAGACGCCGACGGCUCUCAAUUGGAUUGGGGACGGUGUUUGGGCGGGAGGCUACCUUUGCAGCCUCCCAACCUUUUCUGCUUCGAAGUUCCCCGGGCUGGCUUGGGCCGCGGCAGCUGCCUCUUUGAAUGUUCCUGAUGUUACGGAUGGUCCACAGAGCUGCCCACCUUAGCAGCCUCUUCCACAUCCCCUCAACUCACCUGUAAAACUCUUAAAUUAAAAAGUGAACCGCAAGCAUGGUCCCUUAGACACUUAAAAAAGAGUGUAUGUAGCACCCCCUGGAACCUCUUUACCUGCUCAGUAGUAAAAAUGCAACCAUGUUGGGGGUCGGGCAUUUGUGGAACAGCAUAAAAGACAAAACUCUUUUUUUUUUCCUUCUUUUUUUUCCCCCCCUGGCCUGUUAUAUCAGGAACAAAAGAAAGUGUGUUUGUUGGAAAGCCCGUUGUCCAUAAAACCUUGACUUUUGUGACUCCCUGGCUUAAGCUUUUGACGUUACUUUUCCUGGGUACUCAGGGAAGAGAUACGACGAAGCUGUUUUGGUUUUCUAGGGAAAAGUUAGCAAGCAUCUCUCUCUCUCUCUCUCUCUCUCUCUCUCUCUCUCUCUCUCUCUCUCUCUCUCUCUCUCUCCCCCCCUCCCCCACUUCCCCUCCCCUCUUUUUCCUCUUUCCUCAUCUGCUUCCCUAGUUUUCUGUGCCCACCUGCAGGGCAAGAGCAUGUUACCCUGGCAUGAAAGUGGACAUCUUGAGGUCCCUUGCAUGAUCAGCUUCCGUGGUUUUUUUUAAAAAAUAGCAUUAAUUCCUCCUCGCUAAUUUAAGGACGCUUUCAUCCUAAAGAGGCCGGAGAAGAGAGUUUGUGUGGAAUAAAUGUUUUCUAACUGGAGAGGUGUAAGGUCUUCUCUGGGUAGCAGAAGGCACUGACCAGAUGGCCAAGACCUCCUGGGGGAGCUCCAAACCCCCCCCCCCACUCUCCCCUUGGACGUUGGGUGAGGCCAGUCCAGUUUUCCUGCCUGCAGGUGACUCCAGAGAAAAUGGUUGAUCUUAAGAGGACUCUGCGAAGGAGAUGGUGAUGGCACCUAGAAGCAGGGGAAUUCUACAACCCCUGCUGCAAGGAGAACUUAAGCCUGACUAGGUGGCUCAGUGGCUAAGACACUGAGCUUGUCGAUCGGCGGUUCGAAUCCCUAGUGCAGGUCUCCGUGAGCAGGUGGGGUUGGAUUAGAUGACCUCCAAGGUCCCUUCCAACACUUGUUACUAUUACUUUAUUUUUUUAAAGUUGCAGUGGCUUUGCUUCCUUCUCCCCCCCCCUUUUAAAAAUCGGUGGAACUCUUUUCCGUUUCUCUCCAGGAUGGUGGUUAAAUCUGGGUCAGUUCGAGGAGUCAAGUUUUCUCGAGUUCUUCGCAAAACUGAAGCAGCUUUUGGUGUGAUUCUGGGGGGGGGGGGGAUUGUUGUCGACACUCCUUGCUUGGAAGUGAGAUCUUCGCGUUGGGUCAGCCCACGUCCUCACAAGGAGAGGCAUUUUCUUUCCCGUGGGUGCCAGGCCAUGGAUUAGACGAGAGCAGAGCCAACACCGCCAUGCUGCGUAGCCGACCAGAUUCCCCUGCGUGCGUUCCUUUCAUAUUCCUUUUCCCGUCUUAAAUUUCACAAGGACAUUUUUUUUUUUUGGGCAGGGGGGAAGUGUGUGUUUCUUUAGAAACCCCAUGAAUGUCACAAUCCAGCAAGCAGUAGGGCAAAAAAAUACUAAUUGGGAUCGUGUUCCCUGCUGCUUUUACAUUUGACUUUCAUCCACCCCACCUCCCUCCUUCCUUCCUCCUCCAUCUCUUAAUUUUUUAGGGGGGGGGGGAAUGUUGACUUAUUUUACAGAAAGCCAAAUGUAUAGUGCCUUUUCAAUAGGGAAAACGCUGUUCUCUCCAAGGAUGAAUCUGAAACUAGAUUUGAAACUUGACUGCAGAGCCCCGGAGCUCCUCCUUGGGUGUAUCAUAGCUUGGCAGGAAGGAGCCAACGAUUGGCCACCGACUAGCGUGAGCAAGUCACAACUAGCUCUCUUCUCUUAAAGCUUCUUCAUUACUAACAACGAAAAGCCGGUGUUUCCUGCCCUAGGCUGUACCUGAAGGCCAUGGAGUGCUGCUGGACCACUUUUUAACGUAGCUACGGGGACCUCAACUCUUCCAUCACUGGUUUCCGUCGUGAAACGGUCUAUCGGCCCGGAAGCAAAAUCCAGUUGGCCUCCUUCAGGGUGUGUCCGGAACAGGAGCGUUCAACUUUGGCAACCACAAGACCUGAGGACUUCCAGUUCCUAGAAUUGAAUUCCCUAGCUGGCUGGGGGAAUUCUGGGAGUUGAAGUCCACAAGACUUCCAAGUUGCCAAGGUUGGACAUCCUUGGCCCAGAACUUACCUCGGGCCAAUUUGGGGGGCAUUUUGUUGCCUUUGGCCAACUGAAAGGGGCAGAGAUGGUGGACUAGCAUUGCCUCUUGAGCACUGUGUUGGACGUUUCCAUUCAUUUCUUGCUUGCGUGUGUGUGUGUGGGUGUGGACAAGGAGUUUCCUGUGGAUUAAAUGUUCAGUGCCUGUUGGGUUCACAGUGGAUCUCUUUCCUUAGAAGUGUCGCCUCCCUACGGCCUAAACAUGCAGUCGCAUUGAGGAAGAUUAUGUGUAGCUUGCAGCAAAUUUUUGGAAUUAAUCAUGGAUGACAUUGGAUGGCGUUCCCACCCGGUCGUCAAGAGUUCCCGUGUUUUAGGACUAAAACUGCAAUCCGGGGAGAGGUUACACUAAAUUAUAAAUUAUCUUUGUUGGGUAGGAAAGAGUGGUUAAUAAUAAGUAGCUUUAUUUCUCCUGAAGGUUGAGAACCAAUGUAAUAUUGGUGUUUAAAAAAAAAAAAAUCAGAUUUUCACUGACUAUUUUAAAAAAGUUAUAAUAUCAUUAAUAUAAAAAAAAAUAUAUUAGCAGUAUUUAAUCCUUUCAGACAUGUAAAGAGUAAGAACAGAAGGUAAAUAUUCUUACAGAAUAGCCGAGCUUUAAGAUUCAUUUGGGCUAAAGUCCUCGGUUUUUGUUUUUCGUUUUGCAGAUGCAUUGUUAAUGUUUUAGAGGUUAUACUAAUGUUAUUUAUUUUUUAUUUUUCAUUCUGGUAAGGGCCCGACUGAAGAGCUUGGUGGGGAGGGGUGGGGGCCUUUAGGGAACUUCAUGUGUGUCGAUAAAAAAAAAAAAGAGAAACAAAAGGAAAAGUUUUAUUUUUAAAUAAAUUUCUUUGUUGUAGCACACGG